AUGGCUUUGUUCCCGCUGCCCGAAUUCAGCGCCGAGCAGGUCCGCGCCUACGUGGCUCAGCUCCUCGUGGACCAGCACGACGCCGAUGCCGAGUUCGCCCAACGUGCCGCCGAUCUCUGGAAGAUGGGCCGUGGUGUCGACUUUCGCUACUCUACCUGGCUAGCAUUGGAUCGCGAGUUUCGUGCUGUUUUUGGCGAUGACCUUGGAUCCUUUAUCUACCGAGCAGUCCAGUAG